AGGUCUUUAUCAGCCUUUCAUUCUUAUUAUUAGUUCAUCAUGACCAUUCGGGUGGUGCUGCAGGCCAUGGACCAGGGCUACCUGCUCGUGGACAACGACGAGAAGUACGUCCGCGCCGGCCGUGGGGUGAUGCUCUACAUCGCCUUCCUCGCCGACGCAAAAGAUGGGACGAUCAGCGACGCUGAACUGCAGCGCGCCGUCGACGUGUUGCUGCAAACGAAGAUUUUCACGCACUUCUCACCGGAGAAGAUGAUCACGCGUCCGCAGUCGCUGGCGGAGUGCCCGGAGAUGGACAUUCUGAUUGUGCCGCAGGCCUCUCUCGGUGGGAAGGUGAAGAAGGGUCACUCCGUUCAGUUUCACGAGCUCGUGCCGAAGGAUGUGGGGGCGGCGCUGUACGACCGCCUCUGCCACUUCAUCCGCGUCGCGCGCGGCGUCAAUGAGGCGCUGGUCGACGCCAACGGAGCCCCGAUCAACGAGGACGACGCGCCGAAGGCCGAGGGAUGGAUCAAGUACAGUGGCCGCGUCAUCUCCGGCACCUUUGGCAACCGUCAAGGUCUUCGCUUUGAGUCCGAAGGGCCCUUCACACACGUGUUUGAAAUUUAG